CGCGGCCAUGUCUUCCCUUCCUUUUCCUGCCACACCCCGGGGGUAGGUGUCCGAGCGCCGCGAGAAGGCCUAUACUGCUCGUGGCAUCGGCAGUUCGUAUCUCUUCCGGGCCGGCGAUGAUCGAAUCAUUGAUGCCACUUUGUCCGGCGGCAUGGCCCGAUUUUUGAACCACUCGUGCGAUCCCAACGCCUUCGCCAAGGUCCACUUCGACACGUCCACCUCGGCGGCUCCUUUUGUUGGGAGCUAUGCUGAUGCCCAGGGCCACGCCGCCGGCGGGGCUGGCGGUAAUUCCGAUGACGCUGGCGGCCACCCCAGCCAAUCGUCGACCCCCGGCUUCUCCAUCGACAGCCCGGGUGUGGUGCGCUCUUUCGGGGAGAUGGUCCAGUUGGGAGGGCGCCCCGGAGCCACAGAGCGCAUUUUCUUCCAUGCCAAGCGCGCCAUCGCUGUGGGCCAGGAAAUCACCUUCGACUAUCAGUUCCCCCUGGAGGACGAGCUCGAGGAGCGGGUUCCCUGUCUCUGCGGCUCGCCCAAUUGCCGGGGGACAUUGAAUUGAACGCGGCCAGCCGAUUGGGUGCAUACGUGCGUGCGUGCGUGCGUGUG